CACACAGAGUGGUUCCCUUCUUAAAAGCAAACCACUGCGGUAGAGCACAGGGCAGAGCAUAUGGAGGCUAACAGCAGAGAAACACUACAGGCAGACUUUGAUUUGUUUGAUAUUUCUGAGGAGCUUGGAUUUCUCCUUGAAGAGCCACUGACUAACCUUCCAGACUACUAUCGGGUGUGGAUGGACCUGGCAAAUAAUCUCACACAUCUGAUAGAGUCACGUAAACUACAGGAUCUGGUUCACAAGAUGCCUGUGUUGAGUCCGCUUCUCUUGAGUAACCAUCGGGAGCUCAGGCUGGCUCACCUAGCGCUGGGGUACAUCAGCAUGGGAUAUGUAUGGCAGGAAGGACAACAUGCACCUGCUCAGAUCCUCCCAAAAGCCCUGGCCUUGCCCUAUUGGCUGGUAUCUCAUAGACUCGGCCUUCCACCCAUCCUGACUUAUGCAGAUUCAGUUUUAGCUAACUGGAAAUUAAAGAAUCCCACAGGGGAUAUGGAAAUUGGGAACAUGGACUUGAUAUUUUCGUUUCCUGGUGGUGAGAGUUGCAGGGGAUUUUUCAUGGUGUCAUUGUUGGUCGAGAUGGCUGCAAGUUCGGGCAUAAAGGGGGCUCUGGAAGUGAUGCACGCUAUGAAAAUCUCGGACCUCAUCGGCAUACAGAAAGGUCUCGUCAAAGUGACUCAGUCUUUGAAGAAGAUGAAGGAAACUUUCAAACUCAUGCACAAUCAUGUGGAUCCAACUGCGUUUCAUGGAACAUUGAGAAUCUUUGUCUCAGGGUGGCGAGACAACCCCAUGCUUCCACGGGGGCUGUUGUAUGAAGGUGUGAGCAAUGAGCCAAUUUUGUUAUCAGGUGGAAGUGCAGCCCAGAGUUCAGCCAUUCAGUGCUUUGAUGCUCUGCUGUGCAUCCAGCAUGAGGAUGAGACAGGAGCCUUCCUGACACGCAUGAGGGAUUACAUGCCUCCUGCCCACCGUCAGCUGAUAGACACUCUGUCUGUCUGUCCAUCUCUGCGAGAUUUCAUCCUGUCCUGCUCCAGCUCUGAUCUCUGCCAGGCCUACAACUGCUGUGUCUCAGCUCUGGUGGAUUUACGGAACUACCACCUCAAUACUGUGACCAAGUACAUCGUUGUGCCCGGUAAUCGCGCCAGAGCCAUGGGCUGCCCGAUGAGAGGUGUGGGCACUGCGCUGAACACCACAGGGACCGGCGGAUCCAGCCCCAUGGUCUUCCUCAAGAGUGUUCGUAACACUACUCAAAAAGCACUGAUCUUAGAGGGGGGAUUUGCGACAAGAGAAACUAAAAUGUAAUUUAUAGCAUAUAUUAUAAUGUGCACAAAAUCCGACACCUUUUUAUGCACUAGGCUCUUGAGGUUGUAUUUAUAAAAGGUUUACAAAAAAGUAUCAACAAUCAUCACCUCCAUUACUCUAAUCAAACAAUUGUAUUAGUCAGCUGAGUCAGCUGUGCAAUUUACUGUAUUGUAGUGCUUGAUAAAUGUUUAGGGUACUGUAUUAACCAUAAUGAAGUUACAAUAUUGUAACCCUAGUUCUAUAAGCACAGGCGGAGCCCUGGACUCUAUGGGUAAGUAAGUACUAAGUAAUCUCCUCCAAUCACGAGCACGCAUUCGCCCACUGAAAAUUUGCAUAAGCGUAGCCGACCAAUCAGGACGCGCUUACCUGUAUACCUGUGGACCCCAACAGUAUAUAAGGCAGCACACACCACUGUCCGCUAUCCGCAUAGACUCUAUGGGUAGAGUGGGUGGAGCAUGAUGACUGCACGUCCUGCAGUGACAUAACAUCAACCCAACCACACUGAUCCUGACUGCCUAGAGGUUAUUCGCCGCAGCCCACCUACUUCUUUAUAACCUAGAGGUAGGGGGCCCCAGUCAACCCAGGUAGUACGUAACUGAACUGGGUAAAGCCAUGGUCUAACCCUGCAGGGGUCAAAAAGACAAGCAGUAGACACCCUGCACACCACAUUCCUCGGGUCAUCAAGAAGCACAGGAACAUGUAGGCGUAUGGUGCCAUACAACCGACACACACCGUUUUCACCAGUCCUGUGUUCCAGCGAGCACAGAUACUGAAAAGGAGUCAGUGGGCAAAUCACUGUUCACUGAAGAGAAAAAAGUUGUCAGACAGCGUUGUAUAAUGUGGGGUCUGCACGUAUUCCAGUAGGCACGUCCUCAUUGGCCGGCUACGCCUAUGCAAAUUUUCAAUGGGUGAAUGCGUGCUCUUGAUUGGAGGAGGGUAUUACCCAUAGAGUACAGUAGAGGGCGGAGCCUGUGUGAGUUGGAGCCAUUUAGAUAAAUCCAAAGAGAAGAUCUUAAUGUUACUUGACAAUAACUACUGCCAAACAACUACUAUCUCUACUACUA